UGUGUGUGUACCGUUCGUCCCCGGUGUUGGUAAACGCCGCGUUGCACACGUCGUUUCGCUCCCACGACGCUCCGCGAAAAUCAAGCCGCGAGAUUGUCGGCAGUCGAGGUUUGGUGUUCGAAAAAAUCGGUUUUACAUCGCUUCUCACAGCGCGGAAAUACGCGAAUAGGAAUGCAACAGGAGCGUGUGUUGUCACGUCGUCGAUGAAACCCGGCACGAAAACCACUCCUACGUCGGCGUGUUGACGAACAUCGACUGAAUCGUUGAAUGUUUUUUUUCUUUGUUUAAUUUUUUUGGAUACCUCCCCCCCCCUUCCCCCAAGCUGAGACGAGAACUCAUCGCGCUGUGACGACGUUAAAUCCUGUGUAUAUGUCACUUAAAAAGCAAACACAAAGCAAAAUGCAAAUGAAAAAAAUUCUGAGCGUGUCUUUUCGUCUUUACGAGCUGAUCGUGAGAGGAAUAUGGCUGUUAAUUGCCUUUGUCAAGGGACCGGCUCGAUCUCAACCGCCUAUAAAAGAUCUGACGCUUUUGCAUAGCGCAACCACUUUAGCAUUAAAAAUUCGAAACAAACAGUUAACAUCGGAGGAUGUGGUAUCUUCUUACAUAGAGAGAAUAAAAGAAAUUCAACCAAUACUCAACUGCGUAGUCGCGGACAGGUUUGAGAAUGCUAUUAAAGAAGCGAGAAAAUGUGACGAAAUAUUGAGAUCUCAGGACGCUCCGUCCGCGGAAUUUCUAUCCAAAGAGAAACCACUGUUUGGCGUACCUUUCACCACCAAGGACUGUAUCGCAGUCGAAAAUAUGCAAUUGACUGCCGGUUUGGUUAUACGUAAGAACACUAAAGCUGAAAAAGAUGCAGAAGCGAUAAAGUUACUGAGAUCGGCUGGAGCCAUACCUCUGGCGUUGACAAAUGUUUCCGAAUUGGCAAUGUGGUGGGAAAGCUACAACCGUCUGUUCGGUACAACCAAGAAUCCGUACAAUACGAGACACAUUGUAGGCGGUUCUUCGGGUGGCGAAGGUUGUAUUCAAGCAGCAGCUGGAUCACCGCUUGGUAUUGGCUCAGAUAUUGGCGGUUCUAUUCGCAUGCCGGCGUUUUUCAAUGGAAUUUUUGGUCAUAAGCCAAGUAAAGGAAUAGUUUCGAACGAUGGUCAGUAUCCCAGUACGCACAGCGAAGAUCAGGAUCAGUUACUCGCAAUUGGACCGAUGUGUAGAUAUGCGCAGGAUUUGACGCUGACUCUCAAGAUUAUCGCGAACAGACAUACCGAUCUGUUGAAGUUGGAUGAAAAAGUAGAUAUUUCCAAAAUUAAGAUUUAUUAUAUGGAGGACGACGGCGGACAGUAUUUAAUUUCGCCGGUGGAUCCUGAAAUACGGGACGCCAUGAGACGAGUGUUGGACUAUUUCAAGAAAGCGCACAAUAUUAAAGCCACAAAAUUGAACAUAAAAAAAUUUAAAAAAGGUUUGAGUCUUUGGUUAGCGAAUAUGGCGUGCACAGAUGACAAGGACUUUUCGUAUGAACUGACCGAUAGAAAAGGUCACCUCAACAUCUGGUUGGAACUUGUUAAGAUGACGUUGUUUAUGAGCAAUCAUACUUUGGUCGCUAUUCUCACUGCUGUGUUCGAGAAAUUCGGCAUAAAGCGUGGAAGCGAGAAACACGCCAAACUUAUACAACAAAGUAAAGAUCUCUAUCAGGAAUUCAAGGAUAUUUUGGGAGAAGAUGGUGUGUUUUUAUUUCCGACACAUCCGACUGCCGCUCCGAUGCAUUACGAGCCGUUAUUUAAACCGUUUAAUUUCUCCUAUACCGCGAUUAUCAAUGUAUUAGGCCUACCAGCUACGGCUUGUCCGCUAGGUUUAAACAAACAAGGGCUUCCUAUUGGUAUACAAGUCGUAGCAGGACUUUAUCAAGAUCGUCUAACGCUUGCCGUCGCUGAAGAACUGGAGCGAGGUUUUGGAGGUUGGGUACCUCCAGCGAUAGUAGCUUAAUGUCAGUGCUGUUAUAGACAAUAAUUUAAUUGAACAACAUACACACACAUACACGAAGCCUCAUUUUAUCGAACUCUGCCAUCUUGUAAAGUAUGUAUUAUGCUAUUUAUAUAUGUCGAAGAUUUUCGUAUGUGUGACAUACCAAUCGAGGUAAAGUACAAACACUUCCUGGUCAGGACCAAAAUCUGCAAAUUUUUGCGGAUUUUAUCAUGCUGAAAAUCCAUAACAACUUUUGUCGUCAGAAGGACUACAGAUUUCCUACAGACAUUGUCAUAAAAUUCAGGAGAUUUUUUGCCAGCGGGAGUAUGAAAUGGCAUACUCUGCUGCCGAUUUGCGCUGUGCAAGAUCUUGCUCGUCAAUUUGUGUCGGCAGACUCUGCUCGCAGUCUGUCAUCGAUCUGCGAGUUGUUUUCAGUAGGCUUUGUCUACUAGUUUUGAUGCCAAGUUUUCGUGGAAGUUGCUGUCAGUUUUAUUGACAUACUGCUAAUAAGUGUGUUUACUGAAUUACACACGCAAGUAACACACAUUUAAUAUAAAAUAUAAUUUCUUAAAAUAUAUAUCAUAUGUUUACAUGUACAUAUAUAUGUAUACAAGAUGUCUCAUGAAUGCCGUAUCACCGCUCGUAAGCAGGUAGAAGGAAUUAUUCUGAGUCGAAAAGUCCUGAACCAUUUUUUUUUAUUACAUUUAAUAAAGGAGUAAUUAUUGAAUAAAUCAAGCCAAUCAGCGCCGACCUUUAGCACGUUAGUGAGCCACGCUCACACACAUCAGACGCGUGGUUCACUGACGUGCGUUCGGCUAAAGGUCGGCGCUGAUUGGCUUGGUUUAUUCAAUACUUACUCCUUUAUUAUAUGUAAUAGGAAAAAAUGGUU